GAAUAGAGACGUGUCAGAGAAUAUUUAGAACUACAUGGGGAGGUGAAGAGACCACAUAAAGUCUUGUUAAGUACUGACUUUAAUCGCCUUGUUGACUCUCGGGGUAUCUAGGCUCCUACAAGAUGGCGGAUUACUCGGCUAUCGAUUUCUCUGAAAUUGACGAGCUUUGCAACUUUGUGGACGGUAAGGGAGGAAGCAAGUUCAAUUUGUUUGAUAUAGAUGAAGACGUAGAGAUCAAUGCUGGCAUCCCGAGCCAUGGCCUCAUGGACGACGAUGCCAUGCUGGCUGUGGACUCCAGCAAUGCCCUGAUCAUGGGCGAUCCUCUGCUCAAUGCUUUUGACCAGAAUGAGUUGCUCGAGCUUCAGUCAGCAUCACCUAGUCACAACCCCGAGACUCUCAUGCCAGUUUCCCUUCCAGCGGACUCUCCACCUCGACUCCACGCCAUCUCUCCACCUGCCAGCCCAGACAGCUCGCCUGCUGUGCCUGACUCUCCUACUGCAGUCGAAGCAGGGAGCAAGGGAGACGGUGCAGCGACCAAUGCCAUACCAUCACAGGAGCCAGUACGUAUCAUUGUGAAGACCAAGAAGAACACAGGAGAGAUGGUGGCACCAUUGUCGCUUCCCCAGCCGGCUCACAACCUUGUCAGGAUCCCCAAGUCAGGGUCGACAACCCAGCUGGCUCGCUUGAGGACACUCCGCACUGGUGGUAAGCUCGGCCCGACAGUUACAGGCACACGUAUCCUUGGAACUACAACGCCAACAGUUACACGGAUCCCAGUGACUGUCCGCAAACUACUUCCACCCAGUUCACAGCAGCCCUCUGAGCCAGCUCGAAAAAGGUUGUGUGUUACACCAGGAACAGCAUCGGCAGAUGAUGGAGUAGCAGAUGAAGGUCUGCCUUUCAGGUCCCUGCGAGCGAGGAACAAUUCGGAAUCUUCUGUUGGAUCUCAGGCAUCAACCAGCAUUGGAAUGAAGAGGAAGGCCUAUGAACUUGAUCCUUUGGAAGACCCAGAGAUGGAAAGAUGUCGCCGCAAUGCAGUGAAUGCCAAGCGGAACAGGGAACAAAAAAAGGCACAGCUGGCAGAAUUGGAGCGCACAGUGGAGAGUGUUAGCCGGGAACGUGAUCAGCUGGCAGGGGAGAAUGAGAGUCUCAGGGAAGCUAAAAUGAAGCUCGAGCAGCAAGUGAAGCACCUAAGUAAUAUCCUCAAGAACCAAUCAAAGCUUUCUGAAGUGAUCAGCAAGUUGGGAAUGACAAGUGUUGUGCUAGGUGAAAUGACCACAAGUGCGGAAGAAGAAGUGGUCUCAAGUGCCAGCGGGAGGUGACUGGACUGGGCGGCAGCAGUUUCACGGAACAGGUGGGACGGGACCCCCUGAUCCCAAAAAGGGACAGGGACCCAACCCAACCACACCGUUUUAGCCCCCUGCCACCGUCCUCCCCUCUCUUGGUAAGCAUCUUUUUAUGUGAAUGUUUUUCCAGCAGGUGUUACAGCAGGGCUGUGGGUCUGGAAUGCAAGAAAGUUAUCAUGAAUGUUUUUUAUUUAAUUUGUCACUAAUAAUUCUAUAAUAACUGUCAGUAGUGAUUGACCUUUAUUUAAAAGUACUUAUCAACAUUGAAUGAUACUGCAAAGAAUUUUGUUGUUUGAAAGUUUACAAUAUAUUAUUUAAAGUUCACAACUUAAAGGAAAAUAUUGAUACAUGGAUUUCCCAUAAUAUUGUGUAUAAUUUCUUCACUAAGAAAUAUCUGUUGCCUUCAUAGUAGGUUGAUUAAUGCAUUAAUGUAACCAUCCAACCAUUUACAAAGAAUUUUCUUAUUGGAAAAGGUUUUUUAACUUACAGCACCAUCGCUGGCUACCAGCAGCUGCAAUCACCCCUAAAGUUAAGUAUUGAUGGUGAGUGUGCUAUGCUUAGCCAUGUAGAGUUGUCAAGCUUAAACAUUUUGUCAUUAUCAUUGUUUUAUAAUGGAUUUCUCCAAUGAUUACUUUACAUUAGCUUAUUGAAAUUUGAAAGGGCCUUUGAGUCAUUGUACAGGAGUCUGGUGUGGAUUGUAUUUGAGAGUGAAAUUCUAUUACACAUGUUUGUGUAUGUAACUGCAUGUAUAUGUUGGAAAACUGUAAACCAAUUCAAUGGAGAAUUUAAUAUACUAUGAAAGGCCAGGUAAUCAUUGGAGGAGUUUACAUGUUCAAUUGUAGCUCCCUGAAUAUUCCAAUGUUUGAAUUUCAAAUUUGUUUUUGUUUUUUCUAACUUCUGAUGACUCUGAUGCAGGAUUUCAUUGAUAUUUAUGCUGUGUGAAUUUGUAAACUGAAUUUUUUUUAUUUUCAGCCUCCUAGUCAUAAUGUUUUGGAUAAUGUGUGUUUAUCCAUUGUAUGAGAGUACUUUUCUGACAGUGAUUAGUUAUUAGAAGUAUAAUAUAUCUUUGUGAUACUAGGUUAAUGUAAUUGCAGGGAGCUACAAUUUUUCACCUUGCAAUCUACGUGGCAUAGCAUAUUUAUAAAUGUUUGGAUGGUAUCCAGCCAUACUGUAAAUAAUUUCAUCUUGUUCAUCUUAAAGAAAUAUAUAUUUUUGUAAUUAAAAAUGUUAUUGAAA